GCCGCGCAGCUCCUGCAGCGCAGCAACGACGUCGAGCAGGCCCAGAUCAACAUCUCCGCCCACUACGUCACCUCGAACGUGCUGUUCUCCAACUUCCUGUCGCCGGACAUGAACUACUCGUGCGCCCACUGGUCCGCCGACCCGACCGAAGCCCUGGUAGCCGCCCAGCGCCGCAAAGUGCACGCCCUCCUGUGCAAGGCCAAGAUCGCCCCCGCGCAUCACAUCCUCGACAUCGGCUGCGGCUGGGGCGACCUCGCCAUCCAGGCCGCGCAGACGUACCACUGCCGCGUCACGGCCGUCACCCUCUCCAAGGAGCAGAAGCGCUGGGCCGACGACCGCAUCCAAGCCGCCGGGCUGGCCGAUCGCAUCGAGAUCCUGCUCUGCGACUACCGCAACGUGCGGCCGCCCGCCGCCACCGGGUACUACGACCGCGUCAUCUCGGUGGGCAUGUUCGAGCACGUCGGCCGCGAAUACUUGGCGGAAUACUUUGCGACCAUCUCGCGGCUGCUGCAUCCCAGGGAGGGGAUCCUGGUGUUGGAUGGGAUCACGGCGAUCAAUCGGAUCCACAGCCUGCAAGCGCGCACCGACCUCUUCAUGCUCAAAUACAUCUUCCCGGGUGGCUACCUCCCCACCACCGGCAUGCUGCUCGAUCACAUCCACCAAGGCUCCGGCAAGACGCUGGAGAUCACCUCAGCCGAAAGCGCCGGCUCGCACUACGCGCGAUCCCUGGAGGUGUGGCGCCGCAAUUUCUUCCGGAACUGGGGCGCGAUCGAGACGGAUUUCCGCGCCGAAAAUCGCCAGUGUACCGAUUUCGAGGUCGAGGCCUAUCGCCGGAAAUGGCUGUACUAUUUUGUCGUGGCCGAGACGAGCUUCCGUCUGCAGCUGCUGAAUAACUUCACCAUCACGGCGGCGAGGACGCCCGGGUCGGAGGUUAGCUAUGAGUCGUUACCGUAUGUGGAGGUGUAGGUGCACAAUUUCUGGUCGCGGCUGGUGGGGGUAUAGGAAUCGCAUGGUGCUGCUCACAAGGGGAGUUAAGAUAGAAGGGAUUUAUGGAUUGCGCGGAGAUCUCUGAUGCUGUCGUCUCCGUGGUGUGAGCGAGACAACAAAUAAAUACGUGCAGAUUCGACAGUACCAGUACGAAUUGCUCACAGAAUUUUACAACUGCC